AAGCUACAUGUCCUGCUCUCACAGGCCUUUUAUAUGAACACAAGCUCACUGCAUUGAUUAUCAUAUAUGAUUCUGCUUAACUCUCUGCUUUGAAGGUCCUGUACCUUGUCCUACCCUAUUUCAUAGUGUGAACUUUCUCAUUUCCAGUGUUGAAGAUAGCCAUGGAGGUGGAUUGCACUGCAAAUCAUGUUGUGGCAAAAAGAUUAUGGAAUAUGUUAAAGGUGGCAAUUUUCAUGGUGAGAAAAGGAAUUGUGUUGAAGAGAAAGUUUGUGAUGGACAUACAUAUGAUGAUGAAGCGAGGAAAAGUGCUGGGAAAAUCUCUGGGAAGCUUGAUGUUCCAUCAUUCUCAUGGGAAGAGCCACCAUUAUAGCACUGGGCUUGGGAUUAGGGAAUACGAGUUCUCCUGCAGUAAUAGCCCUGCUUUUCCUUCUCUUUCCUUUCACUGGGGGAAGAAAAAACAUAACUUCUUUCCCUCAAUUCCUUGCAUUCAACCUCAUACUGCUGGUGAAGAUGAGUGCUAUUCAAACGCCAUUGUUGUUUCUCAGUGUGAAUUCUUCACUAAGAAUAACAUGGAUCUGAAAGAUCUGCCUGGUGUAGAUCAGUCCACAAGGCCUCUGUCACCCUUUUGUUGUAUAGAAGAGCGUGUAGACAGAGAGGCAGAAGAGUUCAUUUCCAGAUUCUACCAGCAGAUUCAGUUGCAACGCCAGGUUUCCUUUGUGCAAUACAAUGAAAUGCUUGCCAGGGGUUCUGGAUAAAAAUAACACAAAAGCUUUGUGUUUAUAUUUGCUAUAUGUAAGCCAAAAUAAGUAGUACCAUUAACUGUGGGUCUGAAUCUUGGUCUCUUUAUAGUAAGCACUGCCAUUUGUAAACCAAACCUUAGUAUUUUAUCUAUCGUUGUGAAUGUAAUGUAAUAUUCUGAAAGCUACCGCACUAUGUAUCAUCUAUGCAUCCUAAAUGGAUUCAGCCAUUAUCAACGAAAGGAGAGAAUGGGUUUCUGCUGUGAUGAGUCUAGGCGAUUUGCAGUUGAUACAUAUUUCCUUAUUCUUUAAGUGUGCAAGGUAGUGUGCAUAUUUUUCUGUAGUCUUUGUCCUCUCGAUAUCAGAUAGAGACCUUUUUUCUCUAUGUUCUUUCUGGUAUAUUCUUGUGGAACUUUGACUCUCCGUUGUGCUAACAAACAUCUGUUUUUUCUCUGCUGCAAAAUUGCUCUGAAUGGUAUCUAAAUAUUUGACGGGUAAGAAUACUCACAUAAUGAAAAGAAAAUUUGGUCUA